AAACGAGCCUGCAGCUACUGUGGGACUCCUGUGUUUGGGGGCAGGGGGAGCACAUGCCACAUCAGAUCUGAAUCGAGAAACUCACGAGCCAUCCCAACAUGAUGGGAAGAACCAGUUUUGCCUUCAGCCUCAUCAUAGCAGCAUUGCUCUCUGGCAUCGCUGCUCAGAGAAGAGUUUGCAGAGGAGCCAAUAUUGCAGACAUUGUGUUCAUCGUUGAUGAGUCGGGAAGCAUUGGACAAGAAAACUUUAAGCUGGUGCGCAAUUUCCUGCACUCGAUUGUGAGCAGCCUGGAUGUAAGACCGAAUAAAGUCCAAGUGGGCAUUGUUACGUACAACGAGACGUCCACAGCACGGGUCUACCUCAACACGUUUGAUAACAAGAAGGGAAUCCUCCAGUUCAUCAAGAUCCUGCCUUACAAUACAGGUGGAACGAAGACUGGAGCUGCCCUAAACUUCACUCGGGACAAUAUCUUCAUUGAAGAAAAGGGCAGCAGGAAAAGUAAGGGUGUCCAGCAGGUGGCGGUGGUGAUCACAGACGGUGAAUCCCAGGACAGCGUGCUUGAAGCAGCAAUCAGUCUCCGUCGGGAUGAUGUCACCGUAUACUCUGUAGGAAUCAAAGAUGCCAACAUGGAAGAACUGAGGGACAUGGCGUCUCAACCCACUGAUAGGCAUGUUUUUAAUGUAAAGAGUUUCACUGAGCUUGAGGUCCUGAAGCACAGCCUGCAGAAAGUCAUUUGUGAAAACAUCAUUGACCAAGACAAAGUCAUUGCAAGGGAAUCCGAGGCCAAAAAAGCUUUGGCAGAAAGGUAUGCAGAUAUUUUCUUCCUGGUGGACAGCGGCAUAGCUCAAGGACAGUUUGUGUCUUUUAAGAACGACCUUGUGAGAUUGAUCAAUCAAAUUAACGCCGGAGUGUCCACCUACCGUGUCGGUGUGGCGCAGUACGGUCAAGAUACCCAGGUUGAAUUCCUUCUCAAUGCUCAUCAAACUAAACAGCAACUCCUGUCUGCUGUCAGAGGUUUCCGCCUGCGCCCACAACCCAACCAACCACGUAACCUGGGUAGGGCUCUGCAGAAUGCCAACACUCGCUUUUUUACCAGUGAGGCGGGGGGUCGUGCACACCUAGGUGCCCGACAGUUCCUGGUCGUUGUGAGUGGAAGAGACUCAGAUGAUCCUGUGUCUAAGGAAGCUCAAAAGAUCAAAUCAGCAGGGGUUACUGUUGUUGGGAUGAGUGCAGGUGCAAGUAUGGAUGCCUUACUACGUUUUGUUAGUUCUGAGUACGCAUUUGAUUCUCCCAGAGUACUUAUUUUGAAGGAUUCCAUCAUGACUGAGAAAAAGGACGACAUUACUGAAGCUUGCAAGAUUGGCGAUAUUGUCUUCCUACUUGAUCAGUCUGGCAGCAUCGACCAAGAUGGACACAAUAUCAUGAAAAACUUCACGACAACAUUAGUCGACAGCUUUGAAGUUGGUGAAGACUUGGUGCGUGUUGGACUUUGCCAGUUCAGUGACAAACCUAAGGAUGAGUUUUACCUCAACAAGUACUACAAUAAGGAGGAUUUGAACAAACACAUCCUUGAAGUGGAUUACACAGGUGGAGACACCUACUUAGGGUUAGCCUUGGAUCACAUUAAGGAGUACUUUGAGGAGUCACAGGGCAGCCGUGACCAGGUCCCCAAAAAUCUGGUGGUGAUCACAGAUGGUGAUUCUCAUGAUGACGUGGAGGAUGCAGCUGAAGUUCUCAGGGAUCUGAACAUUACGGUGUUUGCCAUUGGUGUUGGAGACGUCCACGACAUGCAGCUCCUGCAGAUUGCUGGCACCCCAGAGAGGAUGUUUGCUGAGCGGAACUAUGAUGUUUUGCACUCUAUCAAGCAAAGGGUGGUCGAUGCCAUGUGUGAUGACCCAAACCCUCCCCCACCCUCAUUACCCACAGACUCCCCAUGACCCCCAAAAUCCACCAUAGAUAUCACCAUGAGAUUUGGAGGAAGGAGCUACCUGUAGUGGAAAGUUUUUAUCUGUCACACUGAUGUGUGAUAUUUCUUUCAUAUAUUAUCCAUUACUGCAUGUUUUUUAUAUUUUCAUGACUUUAUAUGUAUUUACUUUCAUACUA